CCGCAUGUCGGCUGUCGAGCGCAGGGAGGAGAGGGAGCCGCCGACACUGAGCAGCAUGGGGGUCGGGGGAUGAAGAGCACCUCGCUUACCGUCGUUUUGUUGAUGCAAUACUAAGACGGCGAGGAUGUAUGAAUUAAGGGAACCAUACGAAGGAGUAAAUUAUGUCAGCAACAGACUCGCACUUCCUAGCGAGGGACCAGGUCUCGAGUCAAACUCCCCAGCGACAAGACCGACAGCGUUAUCCUGGCAGGCUGCGAUUGAAGCGGCCAGGCAAGCGAAAGCUGCCGCAACCAUGAACUCUACCACGGAAUCCAGCAGCGCAGAAGCCCAAAGAAAACGGCUGCAAUUCGCCAAGAGCAAGAAGCAGCAAGGCAGCACCGUGAAUAGCAGGCCGGCUCGUGCCCUCUUCUGCUUAAAUCUCAACAAUCCCAUUAGAAGGGCCUGCAUUAGUAUAGUAGAAUGGAAGCCAUUUGAUAUCUUUAUAUUGAUUGCUAUUUUUGCCAACUGUGUGGCCUUAGCUGUUUACAUACCUUUUCCAGAAGAUGACUCAAAUUCAACCAAUCAUGAUCUGGAAACAGUAGAAUAUGCCUUCCUUAUUAUUUUUACAAUUGAAACCUGUUUGAAGAUUAUUGCAUAUGGACUAAUGUUACAUCCCAAUGCAUAUGUAAGAAAUGGAUGGAACUUGAUGGACUUUGUAAUUGUAAUUGUGGGUUUGUUUAGUGUUGUUUUGGAACAAGUAACCACCAAAGUAGAGAACGUAGAUGGACAUGCAACUUCAGGAGGUAAAUCGUCAGGCGGUUUUGAUGUCAAAGCUCUCCGAGCAUUUCGUGUGUUGCGACCUCUUCGACUUGUAUCUGGAGUACCAAGCUUACAAGUUGUCUUGAACUCUAUCAUCAAAGCCAUGGUUCCACUUCUCCACAUUGCUCUGCUAGUAUUAUUUGUAAUCAUCAUUUAUGCUAUAAUAGGAUUGGAACUUUUUAUAGGAAAAAUGCACAGAACCUGUUAUUUCAUUAACACAAAUAUAAUAUCAGAAGAUGAACCAGCACCAUGUGCAUUUUCAGGGAAUGGCUAUCAAUGCCCCAUGAAUGGUACAGAGUGCAAGGGUGGGUGGCCGGGUCCCAAUGGAGGCAUCACAAACUUUGACAACUUUGCUUUUGCAAUGUUAACUGUUUUUCAAUGUAUAACGAUGGAAGGGUGGACAGAUGUCCUGUACUGGAUGAAUGAUGCCAUGGGACAUGAAUUGCCUUGGGUCUAUUUUGUCAGUCUCGUCAUCUUUGGAUCUUUUUUCGUUCUUAAUCUUGUACUUGGUGUAUUGAGCGGUGAGUUUUCUAAGGAAAGGGAAAAGGCAAAGGCGAGAGGAGAUUUUCAGAAGCUGCGUGAGAAACAACAACUUGAGGAGGAUCUCAAGGGCUAUCUGGAUUGGAUCACCCAGGCUGAGGACAUCGACCCCGAGAAUGAGGAAGACUUUGAGAAUGCAGAAAAACGAAAUCGGGUAACGCUGGCCGAAUUACUGGAAAAGAAGAAAGGAAAAUUUGCAUGGUUUAGCCAGUCAUCUGACACUCAUGCAAAUCUGCCUAUUGGGGAAACUGGAUCUGAUACCACAGACAAUGCCGCUGGUGGAGGGAGUGAGAAUGCAACAUGCUGUGGAUCAUUAUGUAUUCGAAUUUCUAAAUCAAAGUUCAGUCGACGCUGGCGUCGUUGGAACCGUUGUUUAAGAAGAAGAUGUCGAGUUGGUGUUAAGUCUGUUACUUUCUACUGGCUAGUUAUUAUUCUUGUUUUUCUCAAUACAUUAACCAUUUCUUCAGAGCACUACAACCAGCCUUGGUGGCUAACAUCGAUUCAAGAUAUUGCAAAUAAAGUUCUCCUGGCUCUUUUCACCUGUGAGAUGUUAGUGAAAAUGUACAGUCUGGGCCUGCAGGCUUACUUUGUAUCCCUCUUUAAUCGCUUUGAUUGCUUUGUGGUAUGCGGUGGAAUAAUUGAAACCAUCUUGGUUGAAUUUCAAGUUAUGUCUCCUUUGGGAAUCUCAGUCUUUAGAUGUGUUCGGCUUUUAAGAAUUUUCAAAGUGACAAGGCACUGGCAGUCGCUGAGUAACCUUGUGGCCUCGUUGCUGAACUCCAUGCGAUCCAUUGCCUCACUGCUGCUGCUGCUCUUCCUCUUUAUUAUCAUCUUUUCACUCUUGGGGAUGCAACUUUUUGGUGGUAAAUUUAACUUUGAUGAAACACAAACAAAACGGAGUACCUUUGAUAACUUUCCACAAUCUCUUCUCACUGUAUUUCAGAUUUUAACUGGUGAAGAUUGGAAUAUGGUGAUGUACGAUGGAAUCAUGGCUUACGGUGGCCCAUCCUCAUCAGGGAUGAUAGUCUGUAUAUACUUUAUAAUUCUUUUCAUCUGUGGUAAUUACAUUCUGCUGAAUGUCUUUUUGGCUAUUGCUGUGGAUAACUUGGCUGAUGCUGAAAGUCUAAACACAGUCCAAAAAGAAACUAUGGAAGAAAGAGAAAGGAAAAGAAUGAGCAGAAAUGCAGAGAAAAGACAAGAAGGGAAAUACGAAGUUGAUGGGAUUGGAGAAAAUGACAGGAAAAUACUUACUGGCACUCAGGUUUCAAUUGAUGACCAAGAUGAAGAUAAGGAUCCUUACCCACCCAGUGAUGUGCCAGAUGAUGAUGAUGAAGAUGAACCAGAAGUCCCCGUUGGGCCUCGACCUCAAAGACUGGCGGACCUAAAUCUCAAGGAGAAAAUCGUGCCCAUCCCGGAAGGGAGUGCUUUCUUCAUAUUUAGUAAUACCAACCCGAUCAGAGUCUUCUGUCACAGACUUAUAAAUCACGGCAUCUUUACCAAUCUGAUCCUGGUGUUCAUUAUGCUCAGCAGCAUCUCCUUGGCAGCAGAGGAUCCCAUACGUAAUCAUUCCUUUCGUAACAAUAUUCUUGGUUAUUUUGACUAUGCUUUUACAGCGAUCUUUACUGUUGAAAUCCUAUUCAAGAUGAUGACAUAUGGAGCAUUUUUACACAAAGGUGCUUUCUGUAGAAAUUACUUCAACUUGUUGGACAUCUUGGUUGUGGGUGUAUCACUCAUUUCCUUUGGAAUUCAGUCUAGUGCUAUUUCAGUGGUGAAGAUUCUUCGUGUCCUAAGGGUUUUAAGACCACUUCGAGCAAUCAAUAGGGCGAAGGGACUAAAGCAUGUUGUUCAAUGUGUAUUUGUUGCUAUUAAAACCAUUGGUAACAUCAUGAUUGUUACAACUCUUCUGCAGUUCAUGUUUGCCUGUAUUGGGGUUCAGCUGUUCAAGGGUAAAUUCUACCGCUGUACAGAUGAAGCAAAACAAUUUCCUGAAGAUUGCAAGGGGACUUUCAUUCUUUAUAAAGAUGGUGAAGUAGAUCAACCAGUCAUUCGUGACCGAGUUUGGUACAACAGUGAUUACAACUUUGACAAUGUCCUUUCAGCAAUGAUGGCACUGUUUACAGUAUCGACCUUUGAAGGCUGGCCGGCACUGCUGUACAAAGCAAUAGACUCAAAUGGAGAAAACAUUGGCCCGGUCUACAACAAUCGUGUGGAAAUUUCUAUAUUCUUUAUUAUUUACAUUAUUAUCAUUGCUUUCUUCAUGAUGAACAUCUUUGUAGGUUUUGUCAUCGUCACAUUCCAGGAGCAGGGAGAACUAGAGUACAAAAAUUGUGAAUUGGACAAAAAUCAGCGUCAAUGUGUAGAAUAUGCUCUGAAGGCCAGACCGCUUCGCAGAUACAUCCCAAAGAACCCUUACCAGUAUAAGUUUUGGUAUGUGGUAAACUCAACUGGAUUUGAAUACAUCAUGUUUGCCCUCAUCAUGUUGAAUACUCUAUGCUUGGCUGUGCAGCACUAUGAGCAAUCACCAUUUUUCAACUACACAAUGGAUAUCCUGAACAUGGUCUUCACUGCUGUGUUCACUGUAGAGAUGGUUUUGAAACUCAUAGCCUUCAAACCAAUGGUGUGUGUGAAAAAAAAGGAGAGAUGGCUAGGCUAUUUUAGUGACUCCUGGAACGUGUUUGACUUCCUCAUCGUUAUUGGCAGCAUUAUUGACGUCGUACUCGGUGAAAUUGAUCCUUUUGCAAAGCCAACAGAGGCACCCCCUACAGGGGAACCUGGGAAUUCUGAGGAAAGUUCCAGAAUUUCCAUUACCUUCUUCCGUCUCUUCCGUGUAAUGCGUUUGGUGAAGUUACUGAGUCGUGGGGAGGGGAUACGUACGCUGCUAUGGACAUUUGUCAAGUCCUUCCAGGCUCUUCCCUAUGUUGCCCUUCUGAUUGCCAUGCUGUUUUUCAUCUAUGCUGUGAUUGGCAUGCAGACUUUUGGCAAAAUUGCUUUGCAAGACCACACACAGAUAAACAGAAAUAACAACUUCCAGACUUUUUUUCAGUCUGUUCUACUUCUUUUCAGGUGUGCCACUGGAGAAGCCUGGCAGGAGAUCAUGCUGGCAUGCAUGCCUGGAAGGCGAUGUGACCCAGAGUCAGACUAUGGUCCAGGGGAGGAGAAUACAUGUGGUAGCAACUUUGCUAUUAUAUAUUUCAUCACGUUUUACAUGUUGUGCGCCUUUCUGAUUAUAAACUUAUUUGUGGCUGUCAUCAUGGACAACUUUGAUUAUUUGACACGAGAUUGGUCCAUUCUGGGCCCUCAUCAUUUGGAAGAAUUUAAGAGAAUAUGGUCAGAGUACGACCCAGAAGCAAAAGGAAGAAUAAAACACCUUGAUGUGGUUACAUUACUUCGACGUAUUCAACCACCUUUGGGGUUUGGAAAACUUUGUCCGCAUCGAGUGGCAUGCAAGAGAUUGGUAGCCAUGAACAUGCCUCUGAAUAGUGAUGGAACUGUGAUGUUCAAUGCAACCCUUUUUGCCCUGGUCAGAACAGCUUUAAAAAUCAAAACCGAGGGUAACCUCGAUCAAGCCAAUGAAGAGCUGAGAGCCGUUAUUAAAAAAAUCUGGAAGCGAACCAGUAUGAAGUUGCUAGACCAGGUGGUGCCUCCAGCUGAUGAUGAUGAGGUAACCGUGGGGAAGUUCUAUGCCACCUUCCUGAUACAGGACUACUUUAGGAAAUUCAAGCGGCGCAAGGAACAAGGCUUGGUAGGAAAACAACCCAGAAAGAAUACUACAGUUGCUCUACAGGCUGGGCUUAGAACGCUCCAUGACAUUGGACCUGAAAUCCGUAGAGCAAUUUCAUGUGAUCUACAGGAAGAGGAUAUUAUAGAGGGGGCUCCAGAAGAGGAUGAGGAUAUAUACAGAAGAAGUGGUGGCCUUUUUGGUAACCAUGUCAACCAUGUGGCUGUAGACGAAAGGAAUUCUUUCCAGCAAACAAAUGUCACUCAACGGCCUCUGCAGGUUAAACGAACAUCAUCUCCACCUGUAGCUGAUUAUGACAAAUACCCUCCUUCCUCCAACACUGAGAAUUCCAUAUCUCACAACCAGCUUAACCACAGUUUUCCAGGAAAGAUCUCGCCUAAUUCCACCAAUGCCAAUCUCAACAAUGCAAAUGUGUCCAAAACUGCAAAUGGAAAAGAUCAGGGCUCCAUAAAUCAUGAACAGCCCACGGGAAGAACCUGCGAAUCCCACACAUCGUACCCUGAAGAACCAAGAAAAUCAAGCACCAAGAGAGUACGUUAUUAUGAAACUAACAUUAGAUCAGAUUCCGGUGAAGGCACUGUGCCCACUAUUUGUCGAGAGGAAACAAAGCUGGAUGAGUGUUUUGAGGAAGAACAAUAUUCGGGAGAUCAGGAAUACUACAGUGGGGAAGAGUAUUAUGAAGAGGACAGCAUUCCAUCAGUGGAUAAGCAAAUCCACCGUGACUAUCAGAAUGCAUGUCACAAUAACGACGUGGACUUUGAACGGCCAAAGGGUUAUCAUCACCCUUGUGGUUCCUAUGAAGAUGACGAGGCUCAGUAUUACUAUGAAUCCCGGCGUUCACCGCGGCGACGGCUGCUCCCGGCAACACCCACAGGACAUCGGAGACCUUCCUUCAACUUUGAGUGCCUGCGCAGGCAAAAUAGCCAGGAUGAUAUCUCCCUGUCACCGAUAUUCCAACAGCGCACCGCACUGCCACUCCACCUAAUGCAACACCAGGUGAUGGCUGUGGCAGGAUUAGACUCGUACAAAAGCAGACGGCUCUCGCCAGCACGAUCGACGCGUUCUUGGGCAACACCUCCAGCCACUCCGCCCAGCAAAGAACGCUCCCCUUACUACACUCCCCUCAUUCGUGUCGAUCAUGUCGCAUCCACGGAGAACAUGAACGGUAGCCUUCCCUCGAUGAACAGAAGCUCUUGGUAUACAGAAGAUGUUGACAUUCCUUACAGGACGCACACUCCAACAAAGCUAGCCGUCCCAAACAGCUUUCUACAUCGGUACUAUGAGAAACGAGGAAGUGCAGACAGCUUGGUGGAGGCUGUCCUAAUAUCGGAAGGUCUUGGGCAGUAUGCGAGAGAUCCCAAAUUUGUUUCAGUUACAAAACAUGAGCUUGCAGAUGCCUGUGACAUGACCAUUGAUGAAAUGGAAAGUGCAGCAAGCAAUUUAUUAAAUGGAAAUCUUCACAAUGGAACUACCGGGGAUUUGCUCUCCAUUAAAAACAGGCGUGACUAUGAGCUACAAGAUUAUGGUGUUGAAUACAGUGACGAGGAACCAGACACUGGCAUAUAUGAAGAGGACCUAGGUGAUGAAAUGAUAUGCAUCACUACUUUAUAGCAUUUAGCACGGAUUAAUCAUGUGUACAAACAUUAAGGAAGUGCCUAGUCAUGGAGAAUUUCUUAUGGCACUAGCUAGACGAAGUGACCAACAGCUACUUCCGAGUGUGAGUGACUGGUGGCAUUUGGAUCAAAUAACCCCUCUCAUGUCCUCAAUACAAGAAUGUGGGCAACUGCAAGAGGUCUGAGCCAAUCAAAUAACCAGCAUGCAGAGGACCAAGGAGAAGGUUGUGAGGUGAAGCCAUAAUUGAACCAUGAAAGGCUGCCGAGGUUUUCAGUAACAGUGACGUGGAAGGAAGCAGUGUACUCUUUCUAUGGCAAUGCUUAUGGUUUAAAGGAAAAUAUUGUAAAGGUGAUGACAAUCAAAUCUGAAGGCUGUUGUUACCUCAGAAAUGUGUUUGGACUUUUGGCUGGGAGCAAGGGAAAGCAUAUCAAAAUAUUUAAAAUGAUGAAACAUAUCUUUUCUCUGGUUUUUCAUGCAAAUAUGAACCAUGCUGAACAGUGUUUUAGACGCUGCAGCAAAUCUCAAAAAGUAUUAUUUUUUGGUGGGCAAAAAUAACUGAUUUUUUCUUAACUAUUUUAUUGCGCGUUUAACACAGGAUAUAUCUCUUUUUUUUGUCUUUUUGCAUCUACUGUGGAGGAACCUAAUUUUAUGCCCAUUAAGAGAAUUAUGAGCAAAUUAUACUGGAAAUUGGAAUGGCAUUAAUCUUCUUUAAGGUUCAUUUGAAGCUUAAACUGCAUUUCUUGCAAAGUAGGCAAACUGUAUAUGGUUGUAACAUACAGAUAACAAAUUUGUAUUUGUAAAGAGAUGUUCUAUAUUUUGUAAUCCUGGUACUGUAACGGAUAAGCAGCAAUAUUUAUGGUUCAAAAUCACCGUCACAAAUUCUAUAGAUUACUGGUAUUUUUUAAUAGGAGUGCAAAAUCAUAAGUAACUGAUGGAGCUGCCUUUUCUUUGUGGAUGAUUGAUGCAAGGUUAAUUUCACAGUUUUCAGCUAGUUUGGAGCCAGAGGAAAAAAGCUCUCUGGCAAGCAGUUUUUAAAUUAAAAGUAAAAUAUAAACCUAACUUUACACAGGAUAUGCAAAGAUUAUUUACUUACACCCUUACUAGGAAUUAUAAAUAUUUAAAAAAUGUUAUUCUUGGUACAUUCUCUCUACUUUCGAACUCGCUUGUAAUAAUUAGUGAUUUUCAUUGCCUGACCCAUUUACUAAGAGUUACUUUGGUACACCGAGGCAAAAUCAUUUGAGGUAGGUUUCAAUUUGAAUCAGCCUAGAGCUACACAGUUCUUAGUGCCGUUUCAGUAAAACAAGCUGUGAUUUUUGCAUAUCUUGUCUGUUACAAUUGCUCAUGACGUGAACAGCUUGUAGUCAUGGUCUGUGAAUGAAGUGAGCUGUGUGCAGUCCCACAUUAUGCUGAGAACUACAAAUGCAUGGAUCUGAAGGAUGAGGUUGCUGUUGUACUGAUCUUCAGAUGAGCUAUUUUAUCAGCAUGUGCAUCAGUAUUUUAUGCUUUAUCGAGUAUUUGUUUGCACUCUAUUCCCAUUGCAGGAACAGGUCUUAAUUAACUGAAGAUGCUGUGUUUUUCCAAGGUACAUUUUCAGAGAUUUUUUAUAUAUAUUAAAUAAUGGCCUGUUUCAGUUGCAGGUACAUUACUAGUAGCAGCCACUAGAAUCUUUUAAACUGUGUACAUUUUAAACACAUGUGUAUAUUCUACUAGUAACAAAAACUGAAGCAAGAUAUUUUACCUCAGUCAGGGAUAAAUAAGAUUUUAAAUUGUUUUUAUUCCAUUACCAAGGAGGGUAUUCUUGAUCUUAAGUUCACUGGUUAUAGCAAUCUAUGAUUGCACGACUCAUUCCUCAGUGCAACCUUCAUCACUACUUUUAUAUGAAGUAAGCCUUUUGUGUAGUAUGGUAUUUGUAUAUUCAGUUUAUAAGGUUCUACUAUUUUGUGAUUGUAUGGUACAGUAAACUCUGUAUACAUAUUUUCGUUACCACCAUACCAUAGUGUUGGAAAUGUACAUACAAAAUAGUGUAUAUUUCUGUAAGUUGACUCUAUCUAAGCCCAAGUAAAGUGAAGUUAAUUUCUCACUA